AUGUUGUCUUCAGAGGAUCACGCAAAAGCCAAGGAGUUCAGCAUUUUCUUGCGUCACUUGGGUUUCUCAGACUGCCUGCAUUUAUUUAUGGAACAGUGGCAGCAGCUGGUGAAGCAACAAAGUGCUGCAAAAUUCAUAGGAUGGAAGAAAGGCCCCAAGACGACUCGAUCUUCUGUGUCGUCACGCCCCCGUAAGAGUUUGUCUUCUGCCACUUUUAACCUUCAAAUUCUGCAAACUAUGCAUCGUGUGGUAACCACCAGCGGUGCGGAAGAAGACUUGUGGGAGCUCUCGGGUGAGGACUACCUUGCACCAGACUUUGAAAAAGGGGCGGGCUUGACCUUGGAGACAUACAAGGAGCUUCAAGGCUCUGGGGAGGCGCGGCGUGUGCCAAGCAAGCCAUACUUUAAGGAGGCACCACCCUCCAAUUUGCCGCUGGACUCCUUUUCUCUUCGCAUAGUUUAUGAAGUGGGGAAGACGGGGUUUGAGGCUGAAAAGGAGUUUGCCAUAACUGCGGAUAGGGUAGUUGCGGGAAGGUAUCAAAUACUGCAAUUUCUCGACUCAGCUGUAUUCUGUCAGGCCGUGCGCUGCAUGGAUCUAAAAGAAGACCGAGAAGUUUGCCUCAAAGUAAUGCGCAACUCGAAGGAUUUCUUUGAUCAGAGCCUGGAUGAGAUCAAACUGCUGAAGCUCAUUGACACCGCUGGGAACACGGAGGAGAACUGCGUGGUGAAACUGUAUGACUAUUUUUACUAUAAGGAGCACAUGUUUAUUGUAACGGAACUGUUGCGUGACAACUUGCACCAAUUCAGCAAGUUUAAUCGUGAAGAGGAGACAGAAUUUUAUUUUACCCUUCCUCGAUUGCAGGCCAUAGCAAAACAGGUUUUAAGGGCGCUGUCGUUUCUGCAAAGUAUUGGGAUAGUACAUUGUGACCUCAAGCCAGAGAAUAUUCUUAUCCGUUCAUUUAGUCGAUGUGAGGUGAAAAUUAUUGAUUUUGGAAGUAGUUGCUACCUGACGGACAAACUCAGCUCUUACGUGCAGUCUCGUUGCUACCGCGCCCCUGAGGUGAUUCUUGGAUGCAAGUACGACGGCCGCGUUGAUAUUUGGUCUUUGGGUGCUAUUCUGGUUGAACUAGCGACAGGCGAAAUUCUGUUUGAGAACACGUCUUUACCGCAAAUGUUAGCGUCCAUCUGUGGCGUGUGCGGCCCUUUGCCAGUCUCUAUGCUCCACGAAGGGCGCAACACAUAUCUUUUUGUGACAAAACAUGGGGCUUUUUACGAGUACUGGGAUAGGAAGGAGCUUGUGUUUCAUUUUCCCAAUUCAGAAAGCUCGUUAGAACAUUUAUUUGGACACAACGACCCUUUAUACAUUGAAUUUAUUCGCGCAUGUCUCACAAUUGAUUAUUGUAAACGACCUACUGCGGAUGAGUUACUGCAGCACCCCUUCUUGCAGAAGGACUACGGCAGUGCGCGCAGCUCCCCGCCUCCGCUGAAGCGAAAAGUGCCUAGAGAUGACGCGUCUUCAGGCUCUAUUGUGACCGCUGAGGUGGAGCCUCCUGUGACCCAGCAAACAGCAUAG